CGUAUAUUCUGACAAGGAUGACGCAUACAGUCAUUUUUUGGCGCAGUCACAUGGCUUGAAUCUCAAGCUUUGGCUGAUUUUCGAUAAGUGGUGGUAUCUGCAUGGUGAAUUGAUGGCUGCGUGGUCGCUGGAUUUUUAGGUGGAUCGAGGUCGCUAAAUGACAAUCGUGAGAAACCCCGUCAUCUCACCAGACCUUUUGAAUUUCGAAGUUAUGUCUGAAGUUAACGUCAACGAAGCAUACCAAGAAGGCAACGGCGCCAAAAUAACAUCAACUAGUAAAGAAGAGAUCGAUCAGAGUGAAGAUGUAAAGGAAAAGCGAUCACCAGCCGCUGAAGAUCAGGACGAAGAGGAUGACGUGCAGCUGUCGGCAUUCACCAUGUCUGCGCUGCAGGAGUUCGUCUCCGAGCAGCUGGAGCGGGAGCAGCGUAGGCAGCAGGCGGAGCAGCUGGCGCAGGAUGCCGCCAAGGACCCCGACCAGCUGGCAGAUUUCGAAGAGGACUGGCAACUGAGUCAGUUCUGGUACGAUGAUGCUACGUGUCGUGUUCUGGCGUCCGAAGCGCUGCGGCUAGCUGGUCCGUCGGGUCGUGUGGCCUGCCUGUCCAGCCCCACGCUCUACCGGCACUUGCGCAAGGUCCGACCGCCUGAACUGAAACUGACACUGUUUGAGUACGACCAGCGAUUCAGUGUGUUCGGCCCAGAGUUUGUUCUGUACGACUACCGCUCCCCGCUGGAUGUACCUGGUGACCUACGCGAACAGUUUGACCUCGUGGUCGCUGAUCCACCGUUCCUCUCGGAAGAAUGCCUCACAAAGACCGCAGUCACCGUUCGGCUGCUGGCCAAACAGCACAUUCUUCUGUGUACUGGUGCCCAAAUGGCCCCGCUGGCCGGUCGCCUACUCGGCCUCCAUGAGUGCCGGUUUCGACCAGCGCAUGCGAACAAUCUGGCGAAUGAGUUCCGCUGCUUCGCCAGCUAUGACUUGGACAGCCACGUCUCGAAGGGUACUACAUGACACCAGUGCAGCAGGGAACCGGGGGGGGGGGGGGGGAGGAUAUUGGGAACUGGUGUUAUUCGUCUGGCACGUGACAAGCUGACAAAUAAUGCGUAAGCAAGAGUGAUAACGACAGCUGGCCGGUGCAGUAGUACUUCAUGUCGUAAGUGAAGCCGAUUCGUGCUGGCCUGACCCUGGGUAUGUUCAGGAAAAGCGUGGCAAAUUGCAAGAUGCGUUGUCAUUUACGAGAAAUGUGCUGAUGUAUGCUACAUAAACAGUAAUUAAUACAAUAAAAUUCAUCCA